AAGUACCUUCUCGCCAAGAUAAUGUUGAUAAUGUUACAACCCAUAUAUCGGAUAAAUCUAAGAAAGAACCAAUUAAGGAACAGCCUAGUCGCCUUCGCGGGUUUCUCGCAGGAGUAGUCUCUGGAGAAGGAUUCCGGGCUUUGUAUAAAGGUGCAACACCACCACUUGUUGGCUGGGGUAUGAUGGAUUCUGUAAUGUUGGGAUCUCUACAUAAUUAUCGCUUACUUCUUCAGGGUAAUGAUCCGACAGUCAAACUCAGUGUUUUUCAACAUACAUUGGCUGGAGCUGGUGCUGGAUUUACCGUUUCAUUUGUUGCUACUCCGAUUGAACAAAUCAAAGCAAGAUUACAAGUCCAGUACGAUAGUGCUACAAAAAUAUACAGUGGACCUAUCGAUUGUGCUAAAAAAUUG